AUGCGUCAACGACCGCAACCUGCGUCCGCGUCUCCGGUGCCGCCACCACAAGCGGCAAACAUGUCCACUCUCUUUGGAAAUUCGAUCGACUUCGGUGUCGCCGUCUCCGGACGUACGAUGCAAAUCAUGCAAACUGUCGGGGCCGUACGCACAGUCAGGUUCACGCUCAAAUCUGGCGACUUCAAGGAGAUAGAGAUCCAAUUUCCUUUGCUGAUUGAUGCGGGGCGCGAGAACCUCAAGUUCCAGCUACCCUUGUCCCUCAUUGAGACUAUAUAUAAGGUGGAGAAUUCGUUGAUCAUACCAUUCAAGUCGCCUCCCAUGUUCUGGAUGCAGAAAGGCCAAGCUCAAGGGCGACAAGAUCAGAGUCCUCUUCGGAGCCGAAGCCAGAGCUACGGCCAGAGCCAAGGGCUCUGGUACCGGCAAACAGAUAUUGUGGACCGAAAGACUCGCGAAGAAUUUGCGCCGGCUCCAGUGAUGAAUCGCAAGGAAACUCCCGUUAUCGACAUUGGUCGUUGGACCACUUACCGAGUGACAUUCGACGCUGCUAUCUUCGCCGAUCCCAAAUACAUUAGGACCAAAGCUACUCUCGCGGACCACGGCAUCCACAUCACGACUGUCCAAGAUUACAGCAUAAUCAAAGGUACCGCUCCAGCUAUCUGGUCAUUAUUGGAAGAAGAGAUCUCUGGGACCCAUCCGCACCUCCGGGGCUCUACCUUUCAAGAGACUGCCUUCCACGAGCUAGUGGCCGGUCAGAUGCACCUUCCCUUUGAUGUUCGCUACCAAUUGGAGGCAUGUCUAUCAAAUGGGGUGCUUCGGGAGCAUAACAUUAACCGAGAAUUUCUGGAGCGGCUUGGGUUGAUGAGCUCUGUUGAAGCUGUGAACAUGCUUGAAAAAGCUAUGAACGACAAGCAAGAAUACUUCGAUCCAAUGGAAAUGUUCAACAAGUCCCGCAAGCCAGCACAUGCCAGAAAACUUCCAAGCUACUGCAUCCUCUCAAGAUCGGCAAACAUUACACCAACAUUAAUCCACGUUGGCCAACCUGCAAUCGAAACAUCAAACCGCAUCAUUCGAAAACAUCUUGCCGAUGCCGAUCGCUUCAUACGGGUGAGAUUCACCGACGAGAAGACCGAGGGCACUCUGUUCGCCCCAGAUAACGAUUCCUAUGACGCAGUCUUCGACCGAGUGACAAGGGCGAUGACAAACGGCGUCGUGGUCGCUGGUCGCUAUUAUGAAUUUCUUGCUUUUGGUAACUCACAGUUUAGAGAACGGGGUGCAUACUUCUACGCACCUACGCCAUCGAAAUCCGCCGAUGAUAUCCGCCGGUCAAUGGGGAAGUUCGACCAUAUCAGAAUUGCAGCAAAGUAUGGAGCCCGUCUUGGACAAUGUUUCUCGACCACACGUGCAAUCAAGAGCGUUAACGUCAAGAUUGAGGAGAUCCAAGACAUAGAGCGGAACGGAUAUUGCUUCACGGAUGGUGUUGGAAAGAUCUCAACUUUUCUGGCCCAGAUGGCUGCAGAAGAACUAGGUCUACCACACGCCUUCCAUGACCCUCCUUCUCUUUACCAGUUCCGCUUGGCUGGAUGCAAAGGUGUAUUGGCUCUAGACCCUGGCAUUACAGGUCACGUUGUUCAUAUACGCCCAAGCCAAUACAAAUUUGAGGCGCAAAAUGUGGGACUAGAAAUUAUUAGAGCUUCAGCUCUUUCAGUAGCCACUUUCAACCGUCAACUGAUCAUAAUUCUGUCUACUCUGGGUGUCCCAGGUGCUGUGUUCAUUCAAAAGCAGCAGAAAAUGGUCAACGAUCUCGAGAGAGCGACAAUGGAGGAAGAUGUUGCACUUGAGAAACUUCAACGCAAUAUCGACCUGAAUCAGACGACACUGACCAUGGCUGGAAUGGUUAUUGACGGAUUCAUGCAAAGCCAAGAGCCUUUCAUGAUGUCACUGCUCCAGUUAUGGCGUGCAUAUCAUAUCAAAUAUCUUAAGGAGAAGGCCCGAAUCAUGAUCGAGGAGGGUGCAUAUGUCCUUGGCUGCGUAGACGAGACGGCAACCCUGCAAGGUCACUACGAUGAUCCACAAUCUCUACUCGACGCUACCAGGGAGCAGAAGAUGGCGACACUACCCGAGAUCUUUUUGCAAAUUACGGACACGGUUGAAGAUGCCAAGACCGGAAAGAAGGGCCACUAUAAAGUCAUCCAGGGCGUAUGCAUCCUGGCACGCAACCCAUCACUCCAUGCUGGCGACGUACGUGUUGUGCGGGCUGUUGACGUACCGGCAUUGCAUCAUUUGAAAGACGUGGUCGUUUUGCCCCAGACUGGAGAUCGCGACAUUGCAAAUAUGUGCUCUGGGGGUGACCUGGAUGGCGAUGAUUACAUUGUGUUGUGGGACAACGACUUUCUUCCUCAAAGCCCGAUCACUGUCAGAGAUAUUACCGAUUUCUUUGUCACUCAUAUGAAGAAUGACUCACUUGGUCGAAUAGCGAAUGCACAUAUGGCCCAAGCGGAUUUCAGCGACAGGGGUGUGAGAGAUCAUAAGUGUCUAAAGUUGGCAAAGUUGCAUUCACAGGCGGUGGACUACUCCAAAAGUGGAAUUCCAGCGAAAAUGGACCCCGAACUCAGGCCACGUAAGAAGCCGCAUUUUCUCAGGAAUAAGAAACAGCCAGAACGUAUGUUCUACAGGUCUAGGAAGGUCCUGGGAAUGCUCUUCGACCAAGUGCAGCUCGUUGACUUCAUGCCUCGAUACGAUAACAAGUUCGACCGAAAGAUUAUUGACUUUUGUGUACCUUCCCCAGUCGCAAUUGCAAAGGCCAAAGAAAUCAAGUAUGAAUACGACUCAGAACUGAGACGAUUGAUGGCAAAGCAUGCCAUCCGUACGGAGUUCGAAGCGUGGUCUGUUUUCGUCUUGUCCCACAACCUGGAAUCCCGCGACUACACUUUUGCCGAGGAAUUUGGACGAACCAUCGGAUUGCUCAAGACAAGGUACCAAGAUCUGUGCUUCGAAGCGGCUGGCGUGGCAGGCAGGCAUGAGUUUGAGAACCUCGCACCGUUUGUCACGGCGAUGUAUACUGUGACCGCCACAGAAGUGGAAACCGCUGUUGAAGAAGCUCACAGAUUGAGCCGCUCUAUGACACCCGAGGAUAUGCCACUCAUGUCUUUCCCAUGGCUAUUUGUCAACGAGCUCGGCAGGAUCAGGAAGGGCAAGAGCUCCGGUCGACUAGACCCCGACGGACCUCAGCAGCAUCAACCUGCGAAGAAGCAUACCGUUCCCACAAUCCCGGGCAAAUUUUUAGGCGACGUCGUGUCCCCUCAAGGUAUUACGCACUUCGGUGAAAUCUUGAAGCUGGACUUCCAUAAAGGGAUGUAG